GUGCACUCCCAGCAGUUUCAGACGUUCACUGUUAGCAAUGCGGGUAUCCAAGUGUGGCUGCCCGUCAUCCCCUCUCGCGACUCUCCAUCUCAUUUCAGGACUAUAUUAGCAUGUAUUUAUGGCUGGGGUGGGCUGGUCACCAUCGAUUUGGUGUCUUCUGGAUCUAGCUUUGACAGGAGUGCAAUUGACUUUUCAGACAUGCUCACGGCCUCUCCAGAAUUCAAGACACUCCAUCUUAAUCAUCAUCAAGACGCCAACGAGAUGCGUCGUGAGUUUACACUUGAUGACGCGAACGCCUCGUAUCAUGGAUUCAUCCGCUGCGGCACCUUCCCGCGCGAGUUCACAGGCGACACUCUCAGAAUUUCAUCCCUCACAGAUGCUCUCAUCAUUAUAGUCUAUGCCAAUGACGAUG